AUGAAUGGGUCUAAAGAAUUUCAGAAUUUAGUUGGCCUUUGGGCCAAAAAACUACUAGCAAAAUUCCAACAGAGCCACCUCCAUAGCGACACCGCCCUGGUCAUCGGCAACGCGCUCUACCUGAGAGGCUCAUGGCUGCGCCCGUUCGAUCGCGAAGACACAGUGGACGGCGACUUCUUCUUGGCCGACGGGAGCAGUGUGCGCGUGCCGUUCAUGACGAGCGGAAAACGCCAGCGCAUCAGCUCCCAUCCAGGCUUCAAAGUACUGCAGCUGCCCUACGAUUCCGGCAGGGUCGGCGGCAGGCACAGCUUCAGCAUGCAAAUCUAUCUCCCGGACGAGCGCGACAGGCUGCAGGCGCUGAUCCACGAGCUCAGCUCCGACACGGCCGGGUUCCUGAACCGCAGCGCCCCCGCGCAGGAGGUGGAAGUGGGGGACUUCAAGGUCCCCAAGUUCAAGGUGUCGCGCAAGGUGGAGGCGUCGGACCUGCUGAAGGACAUGGGGCUGGAGCGACCGUUCUGCUUUUCACAUGACUUCACGGAGAUGGUUGACUACUCGGAACCUCUCGCGGUGCGUAGCGUGCUACACGAGUGCGUGGUUGAGGUCGACGAGGAUGGAACCAUGGCCGCGGCGGCCACCGAAGCUGACAUCAUGACGGGCUGCUCCAUCGGAUGGGAGGAGCCGGCGCGCGUCGACUUCGUUGCAGAUCACCCGCUCCUGUUCCUCAUCAGGGAGGACGAGAGUGGCAUAGUGCUUUUUGCAGGGCAAGUCGUCAACCCCGAGCUCUAGUUCUGCUGCCUAGAAAUCCAGAGUGCUGUUCAUCUAAAAAAAUUGAUG